GCCCAGAUUGCCAGCGUCGACUUCGUGAGACGGCAUUUAGCGCCACCACCAUCACCGGCUCGCUGGUCCCAGCAAGCAUCGACAAGAACAUCAUGGUCGACAUAUCCGAGCCCGACACCCGUGAUGCUGUCGUCAUCAGCGAGACCACCUCGACGUUCUGCGGCUUCGUCGCCAUGGAAGCUACUAGUAACUCCACCAUAUGUGCACAAGCUCCAUUAACUACGUCCACUUCAACGCAGACUGAGGGAGCUGUUGCCACUGCUGGCCCCGCUAGUCUAACACGCGACGAAAUCUAUGCUGGGGAUGACUAUAUUGGCUCAGUCGCUGACUUUGAAACUGACGAUUAUAUCAACACUGCCGGGAACGAGACCACGGAGACCUCCCAAGAGCUUGCUGCUAUCCCUCAAGAGUCUACAGCAACAUCACAAGAACCUAUUGCUACGACUGCGGAUUCUGCCAGAGCCUCUCAAAAUCCUGUUGAUCAGCAGAUACCCGAAUCUACGCUGGUCUCCACAUCAUUUGCCUCAGCGUCACUCACAGCUUCGAGCCCCUCUUCAAAUGCCAUGUCCGACACUCAAGUCAAGCAAAUCCUCGAAUCAAUUCCUUUCCGUGAGUACUAUCAGGAUUGGAAUCUAAAUCAACUUCGCAACUCGAUCAAGUCGUAUGAGCACUCCAUUGAGAAGGCCAAGAAAGCGAGCGACGGUAUGUUUGAUUCAGUGACCGAGCUGGACUGGAAGAUUCGAACGAAGAAAGCCUACAUAUCACUCGUCAUGAGGGAGCAAGAGAACAAGAAGCAGGUUGGAAAGAUCCGCCACAAAAUUGCUCGUCCAUUUGCAGUAAUUCGUGCAAAGAACGCCACGGAUCCCUGCAUCUGUGAUGACCUACAGCCUCCACCAGCGGUAUCAGAUCCCAACGCCGAAUUACGAGAAGCUGUGAAAGGAUGGAGGGACACCGUAGAUGGCCGAGCUGAGGACUAUCGCGAUACGACCGAUGGGACACAUUGGUGGAAACACAUGGAGUCCGAAGACUCUGACGGUAUCGACAACAAUGAGUAUCACGACUAUUUUCCUAAUGUGCCGCGCAAGGUUGUCUAUCAUAGCACCGCUGUUCAGACCAAAAUGAUCACAAGCCCUUUGAUGUACGAGAAAGUUUUCGGCAAGGAGCCGAAUAAAGUUGAAUCGCGCAAAAUUCUGCGAACCAUCGGAUCAGUCGAUUAUGUGGAUCAGUCAGAGGUCUGGUACGGCAAGCCUUUUCUUGCCUCAAAUGGCCCAUACUUUGAUACCCAAACAAAGACCCAAGACAGCGGUUUCCAAAUCAUGGAUUUUGAAAUCCGGGAGGCCAAUAUCCUCAAAACAAAAGCAAAGGCUAGCAUCACAGCUUCUAAGCUGAACAAGCUUUCAAUCGAGCGCGAUAAUGGCAUCCGAGUAUUCGCAGAGCCAUCGAAGGCCAGAGUAGUCCAUUCGCAACAGUUCAAAGCGCUUCGUGCCAACAUUGACAGAGCCGGCAGCGUCGAGCGUUAUGGAAGCUUCACACCCAUGAUCCAUAACGUUGUUUACGACGAAAUCAAGAGCACGGCAGUGGCCAGCGCCAUUCGGGCCCAAGUCACCUCUCAUAUUCGUACCCCCUCGAAGAACUUACCCCAGCCCGCGACAAUCAACAUGAUAGCCAUGGAGCAAAAGAAAAUCCCAUCUUACUGCAGUUCGCCAUCUGCCGGUCUCUAUGAAGACGUGCAAAGGGAUCGCCCUAAGCUGUUCGAGAACGGAUGGCCAAUAGACCAGUUCCCGCUCAAGGAGAUAGAUGGAACAUACUCGCAUGACGUCUUCACUGACUUCGGACUUCCAAAUUCGGGACACCCCCGCCGAGCCAUACCUCAAAUUGUACGUACCACGACCCAUCCAGAUGCAGCAACCCAAUAUAACAGCGCCACGAUAUCGACGCAGCAGACGCCCGAUGAUCGCACUACCUUAAGAGCAAGUACAUCGUCUAUUUCAAUGAAGGGUCCCCACUCCCCGACCAAGGAAGAAGGCCAUGGCAGGACUCGGAAGCGAAGCAUAUGCCAGGCAUCGGAUGAAGGUCACAAGUCUCACUCACCUUCGAAAUCAUCAUACAAACGCCCAAAAUUCGAAAAGCGAACUACCCCGUCCUCUUCGCACUUCUCAACCCCUUACGGUACCCUCUCGUCCUCCAAUGCUGGCAAGGCAUCCAUGUCUAUAUCUAGUCGUCUGGAUACUGCGACACCGAAGAGUGACCAUCUUUUGGCUCUUGUGGCACAAAUUUCCAGCAAGCGGAAGCGCGACGCAUCGCCAACCCAAGAGCCCUCCGACAAAAUUGAGCAGUCCAACUCCAAGCGUCCCCGACUCCAGCCCGCAUCCACGCCGAUCCGUCGCCUGCCGCCCACCGAGUCAACACUGAAAGUAAUUAAUCCCAAGAGCAAUCUCAAGGCUGUUGCUUUUGCAAACCAGAAGAACGCUCGGCCUGAUGUGCCUCAAGUGACCCGCAUGGAACCAUAUGUAAACGCAAAUGCAACACUUUCGAAGGUCCAACCCCAAAAACCUACUCAAAAGCAAGUCCAGCAGCCCAUCUCAGCUGUGCUGAGACCGAAUCCAGCUCCGGCUUUUUCCCGUUCAGCUUGGGCCAAUCACGUACCAACGGUGAACCGGGAGAAUAAGGAGAACCCCAACCGCUGGCGCAUCAAUCUCGGUGCUGCUGGUCUCAGCCGUCGCCAUGAUCCCUACGGCGCCAGUGGUAGACCUGGCCGUCGUAGUUAAUUGCUCCUUGUUGUGUGUUUGAAGUCAAUUGUCAGAUGUAGGAUAUGAGCCAUUUGUGUUUGCUUUCGUGGCUGUGUAAUUCAGCCCGACACAGCAAGUCUUGUAUCAAAUUGUCUUGCAAAAAUCGAGUAACAUUGAAGAAAUGUCGAAUAAAUAUCAAGAUUGGAGAUAUCGACGGAAACUAAGGUUUGAUAACGUUUGGGAUAGCAUGCCAACCAAUAACGCAAGAUAUAAAAAAAAAAGGUCAAUGGAUGAAGCCGAU